AUGGUGCUCGUGACCACCGAGGCCUUCAACCAGGAGGUCUUUUCCUGCUUCUCGCAGCCCCGCAGCAGCAGCAGCAGCAGCAGCAGCAGCAGCAGCAGCAGCAGGCCUCACUCCGUGCUGCUGCUGAGCAGCUGCGACGUGGACAGCGUUUGCUGCUGCCAUUUGCUGCAGCUGCAUCUGUGGGCCCGCAGCCACUUCAGUGACAGACAAAACAAAGCCAGAGACAUCCGAGUGGACUUGCUCUUCGUUCGAAGUAACUUUGCUGCUGCUGCUGCUGCUGCUGCUGCUGCUGCCUGUUUUGCUGCUGCUGCUGCUGCUGCUGCUGUUGCGUGUUUUGCUGCUGCUGCUGGCCCCGCCGACGUGCUGCUGUGGCUGGACCAGCAGGUGGAAGCAAAGAGCAGCAGCGCAGCUGCAGUGUCUUUGUCUGCUGCUGCUGCUGCUAGCAGCAGCAGCUACUUGUACAGCAGCAGCAGCAGCUACUGGCACAGCAGCAGCAGCAGCAGCAGCCAGCAGCAGCAGCAGCAGGGGGGCCCCCGCCUCCCCCUCUAUGACCGCAUUUUCCUUAUAGGCCUGGGGGCCCCUGCAGCAGCAGCUUCUGCUGGGCUUUGUGCUGCUGUUGCUGAUGUGCUGCUGCAGCGCAGCGCAGCAGAAGCAGCAGAGGCGGAGCUGCUGCUGCUGCUGCAGCAGCAGCAGCGCGCGCAGCAGGAGCUGGGGCUCUCCGCUGCUGCUGCUGCUGCUGCUGCAGCAGGAGACUUCCACGCCCUCGACAGAGACAGCAGCAGCAAAAUCGAAAAUUAUAAAAAGAAAGCAGCAGCAGCAAUUCGAAAAAAUAUCAAAGUUGCUAUAAUUGACUCAAGGCGGCCCGUGCUGCCAGCUCUAAUCAAAGUAACCUCAUCGCCUGCUGCUGCUGCUGCUGCUGCUGCUACUGCUGCUGCUGUUGCUGCUGCUGCUGCUGUUGCUGUUGCUGCUGCUGCUGCUGCUGCAGGUGCUGCUGAUUUCGGUGCUGCUGCUGCUGCAGGUGCUGCUGACUCCGUUGCUGCUGCUGUUGCAGCUGUUGCUCUUGCUGCUGCUGCCGGUGCUGCUGCUGCUGCUGCUGCUGAGUCUGUGCUUCUUAUGCUGCAAAGGCCUUACUGUAGCUAG